UCGAUAGACCGCCUAAGGGCCUGGCAACCCUAGAAUAGUUUGGUAUACCAAUUGCAAUUGCGGCUUUUCGCUGAAAAAUAACAAUUAUUUCGUCGCGAAAAGGUGUUAAACCGAGUGGGUGGUCACAAUGAAGCGCCCACGCAGCCAGUAGCAGAUCCACAUCUUUGACGUGCUGGGCGGACAAACAGCCGGUUACCCAUGGGAAAGAAAAGCCCCAACACCCGACACACAGAUGCCGCUACACCUUUGACCACCACAGAGGACUCCAACUUGUCAUCCAAAUCUGGAAGUGAACCUGUAUCUGUAUCUGAAUCAGAAUCCUCAAACCCAAAAACAAAACCGAAGCAGUCCAGAUCACACAAAGAUGUCAAGGCGUCCAGGAUUUCAUCUAGCAGCUCCAGUGAUUCCGAGCAGGCAGUAGCAGCAGCAGAGGCAGCAGGAAAUAGUUCAACAAACGAGGAUCACGAGGAGGAGGAGCCCGUCUGCAAGAUACGCAUUGUGCCACUGGAGAAGCUGCUGGCCAGUCCCAAAGUCAAGGAGAGGCCUUCCCGCCGUAGUCUCAACAAGAGUAUUACCACCAUCGAUUCCAGCGACAGCGAGGAGCCUCUUAAAAGGAGCACAUCUGACCUGCCGCCAAGGAGAAGCCGCACCCAGAACGCUUCUAUAAUAGAACUGAGCGACAGCGAAGACGAGAACGACGACGGGAAUCUACUAGUGCCGUUGGAGAAUUUUUCGCGCAAAAAGGAGCAGACCAGGUCGUCUAGCAGAGCCAAGGAAGACGAAGCGGAAGAACAGGAAGAGUCUAAGAAGCAGAAAAAAGCCACCUCAUCCAGCAGGGCUCCCACCAAAAACGGAACGGGCAGUCGCAGGGGUUCCCUGACCAGCGAGAGAUCCUCCAAAGCCAGCUCCCCGCGAGCAGAAUCACCGCCCAGGCCCAAGCGCUGUGUGGUGCGUUUGAAGCGUGUCAGUCUGCCCAAGUCAAAGCCCGCCCAGAAGUCCAAGAAAAUGAGCACGGACUCCGAGGAGGCAGCCACCACCUCCAAGAAGAGCAGACAGAGCAGGCGCUCCAAAAGCGAAAGCGAGGCGGACUCGGACUACGAAGUUCCAACGGCCGAGGAAGAAGACAGAAAGUCAUCCGAGGCUGAGCAGGAAGAGGAAGAGGAGGAUGCGGCGGAAAAUAGCAGCGACAGCGAGGUGAUGCCGCAGCGGAAGCGGCGCCGGAAGAAGAGCGACUCCGAUAAGGGCUCUUCCGACUUUGAGGCUGACGAGAAGCUGAACAAGAAAAAGCGCAAGCGUAUCAAGAAAACAUCCAGCGCUGAAAGCGAUGGCGAUGGUGAUGGUGACGAUGAAAAGCAGAAGAACAAGCGCAAGCACAUACGCAAAAUCAUCAAGACGAAGGACUUAGAUCUGACGACCAAGGAGGCGGCCAAGGAGGAGGAUGACCGACGGAAGCGCAUCGAGGACCGCCAGAAGCUGUACAAUCGCAUCUUUGUGAAGUCCGAGAGCGUGGAGAUUAACGAACUGGUGCUAGACUUCGAUGAGGAUUCCAAAAAGGCCCUGCUGCAGGUGGACAAGGGUCUGCUGAAGAAGCUAAAGCCGCAUCAAGUGGCUGGGGUGAAGUUCAUGUGGGACGCCUGCUUUGAGACGCUCAAGGAAUGCGAGGAGAAGCCCGGCUCCGGCUGCAUUCUGGCCCAUUGCAUGGGUCUGGGCAAGACCCUGCAAGUGGUCACCCUCUCCCACACGCUGCUGAUCAACACAAGACGCACAAGUGUGGAGCGCGUCCUGGUAAUCUCACCCCUCAGUACGGUUAACAACUGGGCGCGGGAAUUUACCACCUGGAUGAAGUUCGCCAAUCGCAACGACAUCGAGGUGUACGACAUCUCGCGCUACAAGGACAAGCCCACGCGGAUCUUUAAGCUCAACGAAUGGUUUAAUGAGGGCGGCGUGUGCAUCCUCGGCUACGACAUGUACCGCAUCCUGGCCAACGAAAAGGCCAAAGGGCUGCGCAAGAAGCAGCGCGAGCAGCUCAUGCAGGCCCUGGUCGACCCCGGCCCGGAUCUGGUCGUCUGCGACGAGGGACAUCUGCUCAAGAACGAGAAGACCUCCAUCAGCAAGGCGGUCACACGAAUGCGCACCAAACGCCGAAUCGUCCUCACCGGCACUCCACUCCAAAAUAAUCUCAGAGAAUAUUACUGCAUGAUUCAGUUUGUGAAGCCCAAUCUGCUGGGUACAUACAAGGAGUAUAUGAAUCGCUUCGUUAACCCCAUCACCAAUGGUCAGUACACGGACUCCACGGAGCGGGAUCUGCGUCUGAUGAAACACCGGUCGCACAUUCUGCACAAGCUGCUCGAGGGCUGCAUCCAGCGGCGCGACUACUCGGUACUGGCACCUUAUCUGCCGCCCAAGCACGAGUACGUUGUGUACACCACACUGUCGGAGCUGCAGCAGAAGCUAUACAGCUACUACAUGACCACGCACCGGGAACAGAGCGGUUCGGAUGUUUGCGGCAAGGGGGCGCGACUGUUCCAGGACUUUCAGGACCUGCGGCGCAUUUGGACGCAUCCCAUGAACCUGCGCGUUAACAGUGACAACGUGAUUGCCAAACGGCUACUCAGCAAUGACGAUUCCGACAUUGAGGGCUUCAUCUGCGACGAAACUGACGAGGAGGAGGCUGCUUCCAACUCUUCGGACAGCUGCGAGUCCUUCAAAUCGGACGCCAGUAUGUCGGGAUUGGCAGCCAGUUCGGGAAAGCAGAAAAAGCGCAAGACACGUAAUGGAACGGCUGCUGCUGCCGGUGGCGAUAGUGAUUCUGACCUGGAGUUGCUGGGCGGAUUGAGUAGCGGACCCAGUGUCCAGAAAGACGACCCCUCGGAAUGGUGGAAGCCCUUCGUCGAGGAGCGAGAGUUGAAUAACGUGCACCAUUCCCCAAAGCUGUUGAUCCUGUUGCGGCUUCUCCAACAGUGCGAGGCCAUUGGUGACAAGCUGCUCGUCUUCUCGCAGUCCUUGCAAUCGUUGGACGUCAUCGAGCACUUCCUGUCGCUGGUGGACAGCAAUACCAAGAACUACGAGUUUGAAGGUGAUGUGGGCGACUUCAAGGGCUGCUGGACGAACGGCAAGGACUACUUCCGAUUGGACGGCAGCUGCAGCGUGGAGCAGCGCGAGGCGAUGUGCAAACAGUUCAACAACGUGACUAACCUGCGAGCCCGCCUAUUUCUCAUUUCCACGCGGGCCGGUGGCCUGGGCAUCAAUCUGGUGGCGGCCAAUCGUGUGGUGAUCUUUGAUGUCUCGUGGAAUCCCUCGCACGACACCCAGAGCAUAUUCCGGGUGUAUCGCUUUGGGCAGAUUAAGCCGUGCUACAUUUACCGCCUGAUUGCCAUGGGCACCAUGGAGCAGAAGGUUUACGAGCGGCAGGUGGCGAAGCAGGCUACGGCCAAGCGGGUGAUCGAUGAGCAGCAAAUCUCGCGGCAUUACAACCAGACGGACCUAAUGGAGUUGUACUCGUAUGAGCUUAAGCCCAGCUCCGAGCGAGAGAUGCCCAUACUGCCCAAGGAUCGACUGUUUGCCGAGAUACUCACCGAGCACGACAAGCUGAUCUUCAAGUACCACGAGCACGAUUCGCUGCUGGAGCAGGAGGAGCACGAGAAUCUGACGGAGGAGGAGAGGAAAUCGGCCUGGGCCGAGUACGAGGCGGAGAAGACGCGAACGGUACAGGCAUCGCAGUACAUGAGCUACGAUCGGAAUGCUUUCGGCAACCAGGUGAUGGGCCAGUUUGGCAAUGCCUCCGGCAGCGUGACCUCCAACAAGAUCUUCGGCUUCCGUUCGGACAUACUGCUGCAGCUGCUGAACAUGAAGAUAUCAAAGGACCAUCAGGAGCUUAACCAGAAUCAGGUUAUCCAGUUGGUGCCCAACUAUCUGCAGCAGCUGUACAAUGAGAUGAACAACGGCGAUCCGACCAUGUACAAGGAUCUCCUUAGCCUGCACUCAAACAUUGUCCAUCCCAGCGGGAUGUACAUGAAUCCGCUGCUCUACGCCAACCAGCACCCGAAUGCGGCUGGCUACAAUCAGGGCACCGGUGGUCCGCCGGGAGCGGCUGGAUCGGCGGCCAAUGCGCCGCCAAGUGCCACACCUGCUCCGGGCUUCGAACCGGACAAGGUGUACGAGAUCGACUAAGAUAUACCCGAAUCGAACCCGAAACCGAAACCAACCCGAAUUGUGGUUACACUCUUUAAUUUAAUCGUAGGUAAUUCGUCGUCGUCGACCUUGUCGAUAUUUCCUCUGGACUAAAGAUACAAAUGUGGUUUAUCCUAUCUAAUUACCAUUUACCAAUCUACCCAUAACCGCGAGUGCAUAAGAUUAUACUUUCUAUCAAUUCAUUUAAGUUCAAAACUGUCCUAAUUCAUGUGUAGACUUAAAUUAGAUACAAGCUAAAAA